UUCAUGACCACUUCGGCAAUCUUCAGUCGCUGAGUGUUUGCGAUACAAAUCGGUAGUGUGAACAUGUAUUGGCUUGCAAUAUUUUCUUGUCUUUUAUAUUCAGUACUUUGCGCUGAUCCUGAAUCUCGCUUAGUGCAGCUGGAUCAGGGUCCCGUGCGUGGAUAUAAAGAUGUCAAUGAAGGUAUAUUUGUCUUCAGCAGUUUACCGUACGCCACAGCCCCGACUGGACGGGACAGAUUCAAGGCUCCUCUACAACCACCAACCUGGUCUGAACCGUUUGAAGCUGUGGAAAAGAAUAUUAAAUGCAUACAAGCCAAUUAUAUAAAUAUAACUGGCACAAAUUCUCAAGAAGAUUGUCUUAUUGCCAACAUUUACGUCCCAGAAAAAAUUGAUAGAAAACUUCCAGUCGUUGUUUACGUCCACGGCGGUGCUUAUAUUAUAGGUUGGGGAAGCUUAUUGGAACCCAAAAAUUUAGUUAAAAGCAACAAAGUUAUCGCGGUAACAUUUAACUACAGAUUAGGAGCACACGGAUUCCUUUGUCUAGGUACAAAAGAUGUGCCUGGUAAUGCUGGUAUGAAGGACCAAGUUGCAUUACUACGCUGGGUUAACAAAAAUAUUGCUAAAUUUGGCGGUAAUCCUGAUGAAGUCACAAUAGCAGGAUAUAGUGCCGGUUCUUCCGCGGUAGAUCUUCUAAUGAUAUCAAAAAUGGCACAAGGUUUAUUUAAAAGGGUUAUCCCAGAGAGUGGUGCAAAUACCGCAGCGUUUAGUAUCCAAUCCGAUCCCAUUAUGAACGCAAAGGAGUACGCAAAACUGAUUAAUUUCGAAAAUGUAGAAGACUUCAACGCUUUAGAAGAAUUUUACAAGACAGAAUCCAUUGAAGUAUUAAAUUCACCAAAUGUCAUGGAAAGGAAAGAUUCUACUUUUUUGAUGUCUCCAUGUGUGGAGCGUGAUGUAGGUCAAGAACGAUUUCUUGAUGAUAAUCCAGUUCAGAUAUUAAAGUCUGGUAACUAUAAAAAACUUCCCAUGUUGUACGGAUUUGCUGAAAUGGAAGGAUUAUUCCGCAUGCCUCUUUUUGAAGUUUGGAAGGAUCAGAUGAAUGUAAAAUUCUCAGAUUUUCUCCCGCACGAUUUAAAGUUCACUGAUGAAAAUGAAAAAGAACAAGUUGCAAACAAAAUUAAACAAUUUUACUUCGGUAAUAAAAUGGUAGGAGACGAAACGGUUCAAGGGUAUAUCGACUACUUCACAGAUAUUAUUUUUGCAUAUCCAACACUAAGAUCAAUAAAGAUGCACGUGGAAAAUGGAAAUAACCAAAUAUAUUUAUACGAGUACUCGUUUGUAGACCACAAUGGCCCAAUAAAUCCACAUACUAAUAUUCGUGGAGCAGAUCAUUGUUCUCAAACACAAGCCGUUUUAGAUGGACUUUGGACCGAAAAGGAUGAAAAAUUAAUUUCAUCCGACUAUAAGAAGAUUAAAUCAGUUGUAAGAGAAUUAUGGUUAAACUUUAUGACAACUGGAAAUCCAGUACCAGCUGAUUCUAAGCUACCAGCAUGGCAGCCAGUGGGUACGGAGUGGUCACCACAUAUGUCUAUCAAUAGAACUUUAGAAAUGAGAGGAUCUUUGUUGAAGAAAAGGACGUUAUUCUGGGAAGAAAUUUACGAUAAAUAUUAUCGUUUCCCAUUGAUACCAACAGAUCCUUUUUCCAAGAAAAUUGAGCUUUAAGGAUUCAGAGAUAUUGUAUCAAAAAAUCUUGACAAUAAAUUAAGUUGUCAAAAAAUAAAUAGGUAAUACGA